AUGUUGAGCUUUUUUGCAUGCUUAUCUUUAUCUCUCCAUGUUGAUAUCAAUGGUCAAGAAUAUGAUGGCGACUCUUUAACCGAUAUCAUUCAAAAGUACGGUAUUUCAAAAGAGUCAGUUCAAACAAUUCAUAUUAUCUCCGGCGAUUUCAAUAUGGAUGAAUUUAAAUCCUCUGAAUAUGAAAAUCUUGCUAGUUUCGAACUUAAUUCAGGGUGUUUUAAUGGUAAACUUACAUUUCAAAAUUUUGGAAAUUCAAUUUAUCUCCAAAAAUUAAUUCUUAGAGGUGAUAUCUCAGUUGAUGCUAAUGUCAGUGAUAAAAGUGAUAACAUCGAAGAACUAUAUUUUUCAAAUUUGGAAUCAAUUCCAGAUAAAUGCCUUUCUCAGUCAUAUAAACUGAGAAAUGUAACAAUAAAUGGCCCAACACAUAUUCCGGAUUUUGCAUUUGAAAAACAGCGAACGUUAACAUACUUUUAUAGUAAUACGGUAACUCAGGUCGGAAACGGUUCAUUUUUUAACUGUGAAAAUCUCAAAGAAGUUAAGUUGGAGAAUGUGAUAUUCGUUAAUGGUAGUGGUUUUGAAGGUUGCGGAUCUUUGGAACAUAUUGAAAUUCCUCAUGUAAAAACAAUUGGAUAUACCGCAUUUGAGGAUACAUUUUUUUUAAACAAUUGUGAAUUUCCAGAACCGACAGACAUAGGACUUGGUGCAUUUCGAAAUUCUGGCAUUGAAAACAUUAGUAUGCCUAAUGUAGUUCAUAUUGGUGAUAUGGCAUUCCAUAAAUCAGAUGUUAAAAUUACAAAAUUAGAAAAUCUCAUUUCAAUUGGCGAUAUGGCAUUCGAUCGGACUAGUAGAUUAAAAGAUCUUGAAUUUCCUCAUCUAAAAGAAGUUGGCGAAUAUGCAUUUUCAGACAGUCCUGUUAGAUCUGUUAAUUUUCCCGAAGUUGAAAGUCUUCCUUAUGGAGUUUUUCAGAAUGCCGGAGAUCUAACAAAUGUAAAUAUACCUAAUCUGAAAUCUAUUUCUGAUUUUUGUUUUGCUGGAUGCUAUAUUUUAGAAACAGUUUCUUUUGAGGGACUUACAGAUCUUCCUAGUGCUGCUUUUCAAGAAUGUGAAAUGUUGAGAGAAGUUAAUUUUCCAAAUGUUCAAACCAUAGGCAUGUAUUGUUUUUCUCGAUGCGAAAAACUUAGUACUGUUAAAUUUGGUGAUGUUGUAAGUAUCGGUGAAUGCGCAUUCAAUAAAUGCUCAUUAGGAAAUAUUUCAUUUCCAAAACUAAAGUAUGCAGGUCCAUAUUCAUUUAGCUAUUGUGGAACAUCAUCAGAUACAGUAAUUUUCGAUUCUUUAGAAUAUUUGACUGAAUUAUGCUUUGCAGAGGCUUUCUUUAAUUGCAUUCAUUGUCCAAAUGCAUUGGUUGUCGAAAAUUCUAGCUUUUAUAAUUCUUAUGUUAGAAAUGUUGAACUAGAAAGAGCUGAAGUUAUUCAAGAAAAUGCAUUUCGCAAUUCAAUAUGGAUUGAGAAUAUAAGCUUUCCAAAUGUUAAAGAAGUAGGAAUGAAUGCAUUUUCAAAUUCCCGAAAACUCACAACAGUUGUUUUAGAAAAUGUAAUUUCGAUUGACAUUGAAGCAUUUAAGGAUUGCAAAUCACUCAAAAAUGUCACAUUCAAUAAUUUGAAAAACAUUUCAGGAUCUGCAUUUUUAAAUUGUGAAUCAUUAACGUAUUUGGAUUUAUCAUCAGUUCUACAAAUGACAGGUGACAGUGUUUUUGAAAACUGUACAUCUUUAGAAACAAUUAUUCUCUCAAAUCUUUCAGUUGUUGAUCCAAGGGCAGAAGAUACAUUUAGUCACUGUUAUUCUCUGAAGAAUAUAUAUUUCGGUGACAAGCCUCCUGAUGUUUUCAAUUCUAUUAUCUCAUUCAAAGGUAUAGAAAUUCAUGUUCCAUAUCUCUCUUCAUGGCUUAACUAUAUUCCUCAAUCAAGAGAAAUCGGACCAUCUUCAUAUGAUUGGUAUGGAUUUAUUUUUCAUACACAAUCUCCAACACAAACUAUCUCUCCAUCACAAAGUAUCUCUCCAACACAAAGUAUAUCUCCAACACAAACAAUAUCUCCAACACAAAGUAUCUAUCCAACACAAACAAUAUCUCCAGAACCAACUCAAUCAAUUACUUAUUCACCAACACAUGAUGCUCAAAAAAUAUAUAAAGUAAUAAUAAUCGCAAUUUCUUCUUCUGCAAUUAUCAUUAUUACUGUAUUAAUUAUCAUUGUGUUUUGUCUUUAUCGUAGCAAGAAGACAUAUGGCUUGGACUCCAAAUCAAUUUUAGAAACUAAUCAAAUAACAUCAAUGAUAUAA